GAUAAAUGCGCGAAACGGUGCAGUAUAAUGUACGGUUCCUACUACAAUGGAAAACAUAGGCAGAAAAAAAUACAAAAAUGAAAAAGUUCUCCAUGAUUAAAGUAACUACUUUGAUUUCAGUCCCGUGAAGAAGCGUGAUUUAACGUUUGAGACAAUGGAUCAGGAAGAGCUCGACCCGCCAUGUCAUGUCUUGUCAUGGAAGAAACAAGAUGUCAUCRACGAAGAUGAAAAGACCGAUACUUUGACAAAAAAGAAAAAGGAAAUCCAGCUCAUCACUCACACAUGUGGGAUAAUACUGCGACCUGCGGAGACUGGUGACAAGGCGACUAAGAUCACAAUUCUCUGCCAACUCGAGGGUCCUGUGGAUAGCGUUCUMAAGAACACMUUCCUAUCAGGYCAUCCCAAAACAUGGCUUCGCAAUCUUAAGAAAUACUACAAAAAGCAACAACAGGGCGACAGCAAGAAAGUYGUUUACCUCUGAUGACGUUAAUGUAGUACUUAGACYCUAGGGUAAUAUCACGGUCAAAUGUGAAGGCGCAGGAAACUGGGCCUAGUGCUAAAGAUUUAUUCACGACUUUCCAUACUCAGGUUCAGUGACCAYGAACAAAGCAUUGAACCGAGRCGUCAAGGUACAGUGARCAUAAAAGAAAAGAUCUGUGAUCAGUGUUCCUUKACGCCUCGCUUCAAUGUUUUGUUCGUGGUCACUGAACAUGAGUAUGGAAAGUCGUAAAUAGGUUGAACUGUCAAAAGUACUUUCAUUUUAUAAGGUAAAAUAUUUCAAUUGCACUUAGUCUCUUACUGUGAAACCGGACGAAUUUUGAAGAAUAUAAUAAGGUAUAAAGUAUAAAGCACUUUUUAUAAAAAGUUUUCAAUAAGCAAUGGUCACGUGAUAAGKCACCAUWGCAACUGAGRUAACUAUCCAUAGCAACGACGUACAUAAAGUCAAAACUAGUCCCUCUCAUUUUCAUAGAUGCAUAAUGUAGUUAGCCUGGUUUUCUGCCGGAUCUAGAAAGGUUCGUUGGUAAAGGGAAGCGUAGGACCCAUGCCCUGAAUUAAAGUCACGSUCGGUUCACACUGCCGAUUUUUGCGGUGAUCUUUUAGGCGCUUUGAACAAAUAUAAUAAAAUUUGUCUUGUCCAUGUAAAAAGACGUUUAGCUAGGACAUAACAGUGUAUAGAAUAAAAYUUUACAAGUUAAUUCUUUAAUAUUAUUCACUAGGAUCAAAAUGACCGCAAAAAUCGCCGCAGAAAUCACCCGUGUAGUGUGAUUAGAAGCCCAUCUAAGCACUGCACGCUCAAAUAAUAAAAUACGAACUUGAGAAUCGCUAAUGCACAUGCUCCUAACGGUAGUGUUAGUSUUAAUCUGAUUGAGAGAUUGAGUACUGUAUGAAAUAAAACAAAAAAGCAGGGAGGUUUACAUCAGUUAAACGCACUAUGUAAGAGAGAACAAAUCUUGAUAAAAUAAACUGCAUUUUUCAAAUUUAA